AUGAAGGGAGAAGUGGAUCCGUGUGUGCGGGUGGGUAUUUUGUCGGCUAGUCCGCUUCCACGCGGUGCCGCGGGCACUGACGCUUCUAGUUGGGUCGUCGAGGCGAAGAUCCUAAAGCAAGACCAGGAACAAUCGGACGAGGAACCAUAUCGGACGAAGCCGUCAAGAGUGGGCGUUUGGAACGAGGAACUCACUAUCCCAGUUGAUGUGGGCGAGGCCCGGUCGAGUAGGCUGCGGUUGGAUGUCGUAGACGCGACUUUGCGAGAAGGAGGACUUCAUGCAUGCACCUUCCAGCUUGGCGACAUCGUCCCCUGGAAUGGUUACCACAUGGAAGUGCACAUGGGACGCGAUGUUUGGCUUCGUGUGUCGGUCGUUGUCGCCCUUGAGGAUCCAGUGGUCAAGAUCGACCAUCUGCUCCAUCUGGAGGCACUUUUGCUAACUUUCCCCGAAGGCAUGCCUUUACCAGGAGUUCGCAGAGAAGCUGGAGCCGGUGUCAAGUCUUUUAUCCAAUGCAUUCCAAAGGGAACUGAGAACAACGUUUCGCUCCAAGCGUCCAAGAAGAAAGAGCCGCCAAUGCAACGCUGUGAUGCUGCCGGUGAAAAGGUCAUCGAGCUAGAUGCCCUAGGCUCGGAUCGCAAUGAGGGCAACAACUACCUCAGGAAUACUGUUCCUGUAACCAUCGUGGAAGACCAGUGAGCUCAUCAUCCCCACAUUUGUUGUUGUGGUCCCACAGAGCUGCAUUGAUCGUGCAGAUGGAUGAAAUUUUCGUGAGCUUUGGUGACUAUAACACGCUCUAUUUUGAUCAACAUUGUGUUAGGUUGUGCUGGGAGGCUAAACACCUUGCCAUACGUACCACAGUCGCAACUGGUGCUCGCAAGCUG